UCGAGGCGCAGUCCGCCCCAGGGGCGAGUUGCGUUUCCACAAGCAGCUCGUGACGCUAAACAAACCGGAACGACUUCUUCUCACACAUCGACGAUUUAGUCCGUGUGUGUGUGGUGGUGGUGGUAAACACGACGGAGAUUUGCAAGAGCAAUAACGCGGGCAAGGUGGGAGAAGUUGUUUCCCAGAGGACAUUUGCGUUGAACUCGUGUGAGAAUCCCGAGAGAUAGAGAGCGAGACCCACUCCCUUCCUCCCCCGGGGUGAGAUUACAACAAAGAAGAAGGAGCGAGUCAUGUUCAAGUCCCUGGGCAGCUGGUUCGGCGGCGGGCACAGCCAAGACGGGCAGCGGGAGAGGCGGGAGGACGACGAGGAGACGACGGGGGAGGAGAAGAGGCAGGAAGAUGGUCGUCAAGAGCAGCAGGAACGGCGGCAGCAGCAGGAGGAGCAGCAGCAGCAGGAGAACGAUUAUGAGGAUCUGGAUGUGACGGGACAGGCUGGCGUGUUUGGCAACUACCUCUACAAUGUGGCUGUCUCUGCCACCAAGAAGGUGUCCGAGUCGGUGUUAGAGACGGCACAGACGCUGCGAAAGACGGUGGAGGAGGGGAAGCUGGACGUGAUUUUGGACAAGGGCAUUCUUGGGGAAUUCAACAAGGAGCAAGAGAAAUUUAAGCAGGAGAAUCUUAAAAAGAGAUCCGAUGUGGCGGUGCCCCCGUGGGUUGGCUGUCACGACGAGGACACGGUUCGGCAGCAGAUCCUGGCCCUCUCCGCGGAGCGACGGAACUUCCUGCGAGACCCGCCGGACGGUGUGCAGUUCCACUUCGACUUCGACGAGACCUUCCCCGUCGCCACAGUGAUGCUGGAGGAGGACGAGCUGCUCAAGCAGAUGCGCUUCGACCUUGUGCCAAAACUGGUGAAAGAAGACCGGUUCUGGAGGAACUACUUUUACCGCGUGUCGCUAGUGAAGCAGUCAUCCCAGCUGACAGCAUUGGCCGCUUCACCUCAGUCGUCUUCCCCCACGGCUUGCGAGCAGCUGGAGAUGCGGGCAGGAGAGAGCAGAGACUCUGCGUGGACACACGACUCCACAGACUCCACCAAACCAAGGACGCCACCGCUGUCGAUAACGAAACAGGCGACUGGACCAGAGGGAGAGGAGGAGGAGAUGUCGAUGAGCCCGAACCCGGAGGAGUUCGCCAGCGAGGCGUUCAGUGACCCGGGCGGCACGCGUCUGUGCGCCGACGAGCUGCAGAAGGCCAUGCGGGAGCUGGGCAUGGGCAAGGAGUCGGACAGCGCGGCGGCGGUCACGGCGGCGGCGGCAACCGGAGGAGGAGGAGACGCGGCGCAGAGAACAGCAGGAGGUGGUGCCGGGGCAGCGGAGCCGGCAACGCAUGACGGGAAGCCUCAGCAUAAUUACAACACCGCGGGCGCUGUCGAUGCCGAGUGGGAGGAGAAGAUUCAGCAGGAGAUUCAGGACUACAACAUCGAGGAGGAUGAAGACAAGGGAUCUUGGGAGGACGAGAUAGAGGAGAUGCUGCAAGCGGAAAACUGAUGUGGCCCCAGCAAAAAAAAUGAAACAGACAUUUUUCACAGUGCCAUUCGGCCAUUUCCUAGCUGAUGAUGCAGGUGGCUCCCACCCAACCAGCUCGUGUCACAUUUUAUCGACAGAUGUUUGUGCACGUUGCGUCACCUUUCGGCAUUUUUUUUCAAGGAAUAUAAUUUGCGCUGUAUUAUACGCAAGUUGUGUAACUGUAAUCAUGUUGGCAAUGUACACACCGAGAUUUUUAAGUACAAACGUACGAGUUGAAAUGAUUUGACGCCCCUCUUUUGGUAACGAAGCAAUGCAAUAAUACCGUAAUAGUGCAAAGCCCUUUCGUCAACCCACCACUGGAUGAAGGCCUUCCAAUGCCGUGUUGGUCAUCGUGUUCUUUGACCAUACCUCGCCACGCUGGUCAGUGCGGGUUUGUGAAGGGCACGCCCAGGAACAGUUCGAUGCCCACUGCCAAUGUUAGCCGUGGCCCGGGAUUCAAACUCGGGGAGCCGGGUUCAUAGCGCAAUGCUCUAACCAUGCCACUGCUCCACGCCACAAAACAAUGAUACAAUACGAUUUGUAUAAGCAUCUCUGAAAUAUGCAUGACUUUUCCAUGUCUCGCUGGCAGACACUGAAGUCCAAAUUUAAGCAUGCAUUUAUUACUCUGCACUACAACAGGUCUGCAAACAUAAUUCGCAUCUCCUGUAGAUAUUGUUUCAGGCCUAAAUAAAUAGUUGAAACGCAAGGACUCGUGACAGGUGUUUGGGGGCCAAUGUUGCGUGGAGACGGGCUUCUAGAACAGUUUUGCGCUUAGUGACGCAGCCGUGCACGUUUAAGCCAUAAGCCACGGAUGGUACGAUUCAUUCCCGGUUGUCUCAUUCGUACUUUGUUCAACAACCUCACUGUCGGUCACAACACUACUCUGCUUCUCCCCUCGCGCUGCUCCACUUUGUAAAUCCCUCCAACCGCCUAUUUUCCGAAGUUCUCACAACCUUCAUUUCAAUUAAUGGGUUAAUUAUCUACAACUUUUAAAGAACCAAGCUGGCCGCUUGGUUCUUUGGGCCUGUGUUCACCAACCGGUUGGUAAACAUAAAACGUUGGGCAACGUUGGUCCAAAGUUCCAUGUUUAUAAAAAAAAGCCUCGGCAAAGUUUUUUUAAAUCCUUGGAGCAUUGCAUAGUGGCAGUGAAGCGAGGUUCAAGAAUGUUUGGCUCCGAGUGGUCUCCAUCUGUUUGGCCCUCCAGAUUAGAAGCGCUUGGGCAACGGUUCCAAUUUGAGAAGUAAUGAAGUGUGUCCUGAUACGGUUCAAGCAGAGACAUGCCGCCUCCUAUGCUGCAUUGGGCAGUCAGGGCCUCGUGUGCAUUGGUGGGAGAAGUGUUGUCUUCACAACGCAAUGAUGCCUCAUUACUUUUCAGUCCCCCAACAUUCUGUCGCUCCCCACCCCCAGCUAAGACCAGGCCUAUCCCAACCCCUCCCUAUCAAUCACUCUUGUUUUGCCUGUCAUCAAAACUACAUCACUUAACCUACAUCUUAAUUUCAAAUCAUCCUAUGUACAAUUGUAUAAUUGCUGUAAAGCGCCUUGGUUAAGGCGUUGUAUAAAUCUAGAUCCUGGAAUUAAAACUCAACUCUCCGGGAAUGACUAAUCUUCCUCGUUUGAAGGAGCAUCUUUCCGUAGCACCUACUAAAUGCACGGUGGUUUGAAAGGCUGAUCCUAAACAGGUGACUAUGAAGGGGACAGCUGCUCUAUAUGGGUGCACGUUGCAUAUUCGACUGGCGCAUAUCUAAGCCAAGUAACCACGUACACCAAGUGCAGUAUUGGUGCACAGUGGUGUAACUCAUGACUACAGGUGUUCACACGUAACCAUUUCGCAUCACCGCCCAUUGUCCCCAACGAAAUGGGAGUGACAUUGUCCUGUAUAGUAAACAGUUGCCAAUAAUUAUAACCAUCAGCUGGUAUCCUUUAAUCACUCUUUAAAAUGAAAUAUCGCAAUGUUUGCUAAGAGUUACACAUACGGAUUAAUCGUUUCUGGGGGGAACAUUGUGGUGCGUAGGUGGUGUCUAUAGUGGUAUAGCUGUUGAGUGCACAGGAAAGGCAACUGUAGGAAGGCCCAGGUUUUUUUUUUUGGGGGGGGGGGGCAGGCGCUGGGCUACGACGAGGGGAGGACAAAUGAAUAGGGUGGGUGAGGCCCCCCAUUCCAUUCCUUCCUCCAGGCCCUCAUUUCAUUCCUUCCUCCAGGGCCCCCCCCCCCCAUUUCAUUCCUUCCUCCAGGGCUCCCAAUUGAUCGCUUCCAGCCCCCCCCCCCCCAUUUUAUUCGUUGUACCAGGGUCCAUGCCUAUCACACGAUGCCUCUACUGGGCCUUUUCAGUUCUGUGUUGUAUAAAUGUUAUGCAUUCUUAAUGUGCGCUUUACAUCCUUAAUAAUGUACUUGAACAUCAAGUGCUACUGUAAAUGCAAAAUAAACUCCACAUUAAAGUUGACGGCAA